AUGUCCAGCGCUCUCGACAUGUCCCUCGAGGAUAUUAUUAAGACCAGCAAGACCAACGAGCCCCGCAACACCAAUAGAACCUCUCGCGGUGGUCCUCGCGGUGCCCGCUCCUCCGGCCCCACCCGUAACGGCCGCCAGGGUCGCGACAACAGACCUUACCAGGCUGGCGUUCAGCAGUACCGCGCCGCCCCUGUCGCACCCCUCCACACGUCCAUCAUUCGCCAGAGCAUCCCCGAUGGAUCCAAGAUGCAAGUCUCGAACCUCGACCACCGCGUCUCGGCCGAAGACCUGAAGCUCGUCUUCACCACCAGAGUCGGACCCUUGAAGAAGUGCACCCUCAUGUACGACCAGAACGGAAAGUCGACCGGAACCGCCGUCGUCCACUUCACCCGUGUUGGUGAUGCUGCCAUCGCCUACAGCAAGUUCAACGGCGUCCCCCUUGAUGGCAAGCCUAUGAAGAUUGAAAUUGUUUUGGCACCUGCCGCCGCCCAGGCUGUCCUUCCCCCUACAAAUGCCCCAAGGGCUCCUGCCAGCUACAACCAGCACCAGGGACAGCAGCGCUCCCAAGGCCCUAGCCGUGGUGGUCGUGGUGGCGGUCGUGGUGGUCGCGGUCGUGGAGGCCGCUCUCAGGGCGAGAGACGUGAGACCAAGACUGCGGAUCAGCUUGAUGCCGAGAUGAACGACUACAUGCAGGUUGAUGCUUAA